AUGAUCAAAGUGACCCCGAUUGGCAGAGGAUUAAAAAUACUCUCAAAAUAUUUUAAUCGGCCGGGCAAUCCAGCACACACAACUCCAAAUCUCCGGCCUGGAAAGCCCAGAAGAGGACCCCCAAGCACACGUGUUUUGUCUCACUCAGUACCCCCCACACUCAUAAGUAGAACGGGGGACUACGAGCGGUAUAUGGCAGAGGUGGCCCCUGAUGAGGAAGUCAAGUUGAUCAAUGCCACAAAGAGCGAGGACGCGUAUAAAAAGGCUCUGGAGAUAGCCAAAGGGCUGAAUCCCUCUGAGGCGAGCUAUCUGGGGCUGUGUCUUAACUACAGUGUCUUUUUGUAUGAGAUUCUGGGGCAGACUAAGCGGGCUACUUCUCUGGCGAAGGAGGCCUUUGACUCUGCGGUGGAGCCGAUGAGUUCGAUGCAGGGACAGUCCACUGCCAAGGGGAUAUUUCAUCAGAUUAGGAGGAAUCUGAUUGUGUGGAAUAGUGAGAGUGGAGAGGGGGAUACUAACCUUGAUGGGGACAGUUGAGUCGUCCUUAUUAGUUAUUAACAGUCAUUAUUGGUUAUUAAUUGGGUUAUGUUAUU